CCCAAGCCUUCACUCUGUACUCAGCAUGUCACCAUGGCUGCAAUGGGAAUUAUAAGAUGACAGAUGAAGAAAUUGAUUCCCUGAGUGUAAGCAUCAAGAACUUCAUGGCCUUUUACCGGGCAAACUUCACUGAGUCUACAGUGACACCAAAACUCCACAUGUUAGAGGAGCAUGUGAUCCCUUGGCUGCGACAGUGGAGGAUAGGGUUUGGCUUCAUGGGGGAACAAGGAGCAGAGAGUGUGCACGCCGCCAUUAACCACAUAACUCCCUCAUACCUCAACAUCCCUGACCGAGUUCAGAGGUUGAAAGGAGUCCUAAUGGAGCACCACAGGCAAAUAUGCCCAGAGCUUACGUCAUGUCAACCAUCUGUGAAAAGGAGAAAGAAGAAAGAAGACUAACUACAAUGCACAGCUUUACGCACACUCUAUACCGUGCCGUGCACAUAGGCUUAAAAAGAGCGUGACUACUCGCGCGCAAAACCGGUUAGCAAACUGAGGUUUAUAGGACCUCGUUCAAACAACAGCACUGCUUACCCU